AUGUGGUCUCCAAAUGCGGGACCUAUCGAGAUAGUUUUAGGCCACUGGGGCAAAAGAGCUAGAACAUCCAGAUACCAGGUCCACCAGAAAGGACAGUCUCUUCAUGGCGCACCAACCACAGCCCUGGAUAGUCCGCGUCCGUCUGAGCCAAUAACAGACCGUCUUCGUUUCUCCAAGCUUCUUGCAAAUCCCGUGGGAUCUCGUUUCUCUUCCCUACUACUUGGAAACAUGGCGUUCGCCUUUGGGCUUAGGAGCGUUGCUGGUGCACAAUUACGCUCACUUCAUCCCCGCCCUAGUAAGUUGUCCGUGACUGUUCUGUCGCGUCCAUUUAGUGGUGGUGGGAAAACAACACCCACAUCGCACCGAUCCGCGACGCCGCGAGCUCGAAUACGAACUGUCACCGAAGAAUCGGACCUAUCAGAGGAUCAACUCAAUGACUUGUUUGCUGGUCAAUUCCCUACUAACUGUGCCGAUGAAGUCAUCCAUCUGAGCAAUCUCUCUCAGCGUGACUUCCGCAGGAUAGUUGAUGCUUUUGAUACCUCAAGAUCAGAGGACGACCACCGGCCAUCGGGGCAUCUCUUCUUCGACAGAAAAUUGUCUAAAACGUCUGUCCACCUUGCGCCCUCAUCGCUUCAUGGAAGCGCCGUUCAUCAUAUUUUAGGCACCACUUGGGAUGUCAUUGAGUCCAAAGUGCCAAAAUAUUUCAGACGGUUUGAUAUUCAGACCAAUGAACGGGAGGGGCGCAGGGCAGAUUUUACAACAAAAGUACCUGACGUCAUGCUCUCAUAUGCUCCAGAUGCUGAAUCCAUCAAAAGCCCUUUCUUUUUAACCGAAGUAGGGUUUACAGAGAGCUACAAAGAUCUCGUGAAGACAAUGCAGUUCUGGCUUGACAACCAUGAAGAAAUUAACCUCGCCUUUCUCAUUAAAUUCCAAGAGUCCCCAGAGUACAGUGCGAAGAAGUGUUUUGCUGCUCUUCCAGAAGAGGUGGUAGCAGACUGGGAGCGAUAUGCAAAUGAUCGUGCUGGGUUUAAGGUUGAUGCCUCCGAGGGACUCCUGCGAGCGUACGGCGCCCCGCUUGUUGGAAGAACCACAGCAUUCCUAGAGAUUUGGGAGCGGAAGGGAAAAUCUGGCAGUGCUGGGCUUCGGGGAGAGCGCAUAAAGCACUCCGUAUGGAUCAAAUCCCCGGAACCCGCAAAUCCCCCGCCGAGCCUCAUGCUUGGUUUCGACGAAUUCGGCUUACCAAUAGAAGAACUUCGAGGGCAAAAUAUCGAUAUGGCCUGGAGUGAAUGGGCUGAAAAGGUGUACAAUGCCAGGAAGAAGCUAGCAUGGAAUCGUUUUGGCACCAUUCUGUAUACCUACGCAACCACACCAAAGGACACGAAAACCUCGCGAGAAAAAUAA